UCCUCACCAAAAUUAACAAACUCAUUUUUGAACACCCAAAAAAAAAAACCCUAUAGCUAGCUCGUAAAAUCAUAAAUAGAUAACAACAUCAACAAUGUCUGGUGUGUGGGUGUUCAACAAAAACGGAGUCAUGAGGCUGGUGGAGAAUCCUUACAACCAAUCCGCCGGAGAUUCGUCCGAAUCAUCCUCUUCCGGUGGUAACCAACAGCAGAGGAUGAGGAGGAAAAUUCUCGUCCAUCUUCCGACCAGCGAGGUUGUCUCUUCGUACGGAUCACUUGAGAAGAUCUUGAAGAAUCUUGGGUGGGAGAGGUACUACAGUGGAGACAACACCGAUCAUCUGCUCCAGUUCCACAAGAGAACUUCGAUCGAUCUCAUCUCUCUCCCUCGUGACUUCUCCAAGUUUAACUCUAUUCAUAUGUAUGAUAUCGUCGUCAAGAACCCUAACGUCUUCCAUGUCCGAGACAUGUAGUAGUGCUCAUCCAAAAACUGGUUCAUUAUGAUUCCCCGAUCAUCGCUGCAGAUGAUAUAUCUAUCAUGUAUAUAUAUGCAGGUUUUUACUUUGUCGUUGAGUGUUUUUGUUCUUGGUUUAUUUUAUUUCCUAUGCAUUUAAUGUACGUGUUUUGUCUUGGUCGAUUGGGGUGGGUUCAAGCUAUAGCCAUUUUAAUAACUUGUAUUAUUUUGUGAUUUUAAUGAAAUUGUAUCAUGUUG